AUGGCGAUGUCUUGUUUUCUUUUCUUUCUUCUGGUAACAUUGUUUCCUUUGACUGAUGCAGUAAGUGGAAUUAUUAAUCGUCAUGAAUACAAUUUUACAACUACCUAUGCUGGCAAUACAACAUCUGUUAUAUUAAUUAAUAAUCAAUAUCCAGGACCAACAAUUAGAGUUAAUGUUGGCGAUAUAAUAAUUGUUCAUAUUCAUAAUGCUCUUCAAUCAAUGGAAGACGUUACUAUUCAUUUUCAUGGUAUUCUUCAAAAACAAACAUCACAAAUGGAUGGCGUAGGAUUCGUAACACAAAUGCCAAUUUCACAUGGACAAACAUUUACAUAUGCUUUUUAUGCAUAUCCAGCUGGUACUCAUAUAUAUCAUUCACAUGUAGGAUUACAAGCUGUUACAGCAUUUGGUGCAGUAAUUAUUGAUGAUCCACAAAGACCAUGGGAAGCAGUAGAAAUACCAUCAGGUCCAAUAAUGUUUUCUGAUCAUUGGGAAGGUGUUGAUCGUCUUGCACAAGAAGCAGGCUUACUUCAAUCACCAUUUAAAUGGGAAGGAGAACCAUCAAAUGUGUUUAUGAAUGGUCAACGAAAUUACGUAUUGACUGUAGAACCAAAUGCAUUCUAUUUAUUACGAUUAAUUGGUGCAACAAGUUUAUCUACGAUUGUGUUUGGUAUAGCUGAACAUACCAUGACUGUUGUUGAAGUAGAUGGCAAGCUCAUAGUACCAAAACCUAAUAUGACAUCGAUUGAAAUUGCUUCUGGACAACGAUAUGCAGUAAUGAUUGAAACAAAAAAUCAAUAUACUGGUGUUUUUGCUAUGCAAGCAUCAAUUCGAUGGCGAGUAGCAGCAGCCAAUUCUAGUAUCUUUGCUUAUCCGUUAUUAACAAAAGGUGAAAUCACAGCAGUUCUUAUAAAUAAAUUUGAAUUACCUCAUGCGGGUUUUUCAACACUUCUUCGUACAUGGACAUUAAAUUUCACAUCAUGGGGUUUAGUUAUCUCUUGUUUCAAUCCACUUCCAGAAACUACCGAUUAUGUUUAUAAUGUACCUAAUAUAGGACAACAAUUAACAACACAAAUUACACCAACACUUAUAACCGAUCAAAUAAUAUGGCCUAAUGGUAUUGUAGCAGCAGAUCAAUUAGUUGAAUAUUCAAUGAUUGUUCCAAGUGGUUUUCUUGUUCCUGGAAAAAGUAAUGGAAAUCUGUAUUUUAUUUCGGAUACAGAUAUUAUACCAUUAGUACCAAAUGAUGGAACAAAUUGGUUUUAUCAUGAUGCUGAAUUCAAAGAUAUGGAUGGAGAUGGUCGUAUUGAUAUCGUAACUGCACGUGCACAUAUUCCACUUAUCGGUAAACCAAUAACUCAAUUAGUUUGGCUGAAAAAUCCAGGAAAUCAAACAAUAACUGGUCCUUGGAAACUUGAGUAUUUAUUAUCAAAAGGUGGACCAGAUAUUCAAGUCCAAUUUGCUAGAAUUGAUUCAUUACAAGUUCUUUUUGCUAAUUCAUUUUUUGAUCGUAAACUUCAAAUGUUCUGGUCCGAUUUAGAUCCAUUGUGGAAUGAUACUACUAAAUUACAUGUACGUCAUAUUGACUAUGAACCACUUCCAUAUGCAUACAUACAAUUAACCCUAGAUCUUAAUGGUGAUUAUAAACCGGAUCUACUUGUUACUGUUAAUGAUGCACAUAAUGGUUCAUUAAUUGCUUAUGAACUUCCACGAUCAGGUGACAUACGAAAAGGAAAUUUUACAAAACAUGUUCUUGCUAGUGAUUUUAAACCACUUGUUCAAGCCAAAGGUCGAGGAGCACCAGGACAAGCCAUGACAGUUCAAUUUUAUUCUCUUACUGUACGAAAGAAACCUAUUUUAAUAUUAUCCGGUGAUGACGAUGGUUGUGUGUAUUUACUAGAAGCAAUUCAUGAUAAUGAUCCAUUAAAUUGGGAAUAUUCCGUAAAGAUAAUUCAUCAAUCUGACAAAUCAACAAUUGGUCAAGUUAGUGUUGAAGAUGUUGAUAAUGAUGGACAUCCGGAAAUGUUUGUACCUGCUUAUAAUGAAGGCAUUGUCUAUAUCUAUCGAUUAGUUGACAAAUGA